AUGUACCGUCGUGUUUCUUCCCGUGCCUACAGCACCAUCAAGCUUAACACUAGAGAAUCGUCCGGUAACUUGACUACCUUGACGGUCAAGGUGAACAAUGCUGGUUCGAAGGCUGGUGCUAAGCCCGGCUUGGCUCACCUUUACUCGAAGUUCAAUUUCCUCAACACCGAGACCAAAUCGGCCCUCAGAUUCACCAGAGAAUCCGAGUUGUUGGGUGGUCAAUUUUCCUCCACCAUCACCAGAGACGCUGUCUUGUUGAAGACUACUUUCCUCAAGCAAGACCUCCCGUACUACGUUGAAGCUCUCGGUGCCACCCUUGCUUCCCCCGCUUUCCGCCCUCACGAAUUGCAAGAAGUUGUUUUGCCCGUCGCCAAGGCCGAAUUCGCUGCCGCUAACGCUUCCAACUCUCACAAAGCCAUUGAGGCUGCUCACGCCAUUACUUACCAAAGAGGCUACGGUCGUCCCCUUUUGUACGAUGGCACUCAAUCGGUCACCGUUGAAGACAUCCGCCAAUUUGCCACCGACGUCGUCAACUCCACCAACGUCGAAGUGUUCGCCUCGGGCGCUAACGAAUCUGACUUGUCCAAGUUUAUCCAAGAGUCUUCCUUCUCUAAGAUUCCCGGCGGUGCUUCGGAAAACAUCCCUGUGAUCUCGAAGUCUGGCGCUGAAGUCAGAAUCCCCGCUUCUGGUGAAUCUGUUGCUGCUUUGGCCUACGCUGUCAAGCCUGAGCAAUUUGGUGCUUACGAAGCUUUGUCGGCUGCCUUGGGUAACCACUUCUUGGGUGUCGAUGCCAACUCGGCUUUGGCUUCGAUCAAGGGUGCCGUUUCUCAACUUUACAAAUACGAAGACGCCGGUUUGUUUGUCGUGACUGUAAAGGGUGAAGCUACUCAAGUGGCCGAAUCUAUCAGAAGAGCCAAGGAAGCUGUUGAAACCACUUCUAUUUCCGCUGAAGCUGUCAAGAACGGUGAAUUGUCGCUUGCUUUACAAUCGAUUUUCGAAUUCCCUCACUCGGUCAAGAUUUCCUCUGACAAGCCUGAAUUGCCCCAAUUCAACUACGUGGCUGUGGGUGAUGUCGACGUUUUGCCUUACGCCAAUGAAUUGUAA